AUGGCCGACGAUUUAGCUCAACAAUUAAAUGCUACGAAGCUGAGCGAUGGAGCUUCACCAUCAACGGAGGCAUGGAAGAAAGACCUGAAGAUUCCAGCCAAGGAUAGAAGAGUACAGACUGAGGAUGUUACUGCCACGAAAGGACUCGAGUUCGAGGACUUCAAAUUAAAGCGAGACCUGUUGAUGGGUAUCUUCGAAGCUGGUUUCGAGAAGCCUUCGCCCAUUCAAGAGGAGGCAAUACCAGUGGCUCUCACUGGCAGAGAUAUCCUAGCCCGAGCAAAGAACGGAACUGGCAAGACCGCCGCCUUCAUCAUACCUGCCCUUCAACAAAUCAACCCGAAAAACAACAAGAUCCAAGCCCUCAUCCUUGUUCCAACUCGAGAAUUAGCCAUGCAGACAUCUCAAGUUUGCAAGACACUUGGGAAGAACCUUGGUGUCAAUGUCAUGGUCACUACUGGAGGUACUCUUCUACGAGACGAUAUCGUGCGUUUACAAGACCCUGUCCACAUCAUUGUCGGCACACCUGGCAGAAUCCUCGAUCUGGCUGGCAAAGGUGUCGCCGAUCUCAGCGAAUGUCCCACUUUCAUCAUGGACGAAGCUGACAAACUUCUCUCCCCUGAAUUCACUCCUGUUAUUGAACAACUACUUUCUCACCAUCCAAAGGACCGUCAGGUUAUGCUCUUCAGUGCAACUUUCCCCAUCACUGUCAAGGCUUUCUCGGACAAGAACAUGCACGACCCUUACGAAAUUAACUUGAUGGAUGAACUUACUCUCCGUGGUAUCACUCAAUAUUACGCAUUCGUUGAAGAGAGUCAAAAGGUGCAUUGUCUCAACACCCUCUUCUCGAAGCUGCAGAUCAACCAAUCGAUCAUCUUCUGCAACUCUACCAACCGUGUCGAACUUCUCGCUAAAAAGAUCACUGAGCUUGGAUACUCCUGCUUCUAUAGUCACGCCCGUAUGAUUCAGAACAACCGCAAUCGUGUCUUUCAUGACUUCCGCAAUGGGGCUUGUCGUAACCUCGUCUGCAGCGAUUUGUUGACCCGUGGCAUCGACAUUCAAGCUGUCAAUGUUGUCAUCAACUUCGACUUCCCUAAGAAUGCCGAGACAUAUCUCCAUCGUAUCGGUCGUUCAGGGCGUUUUGGACAUUUGGGCUUGGCCAUCAACCUGAUCAACUGGGAUGAUAGAUUCAACCUUUACAAUAUCGAGCGCGAUUUGGGCACUGAAAUCCAGCCAAUUCCUGCGACUAUUGACAAGAACCUCUACGUUUACGAUACCCCGGAAAAUAUUCCCAGGCCUGUUACUAAUUUCCAAACUAAUCGCCAGACCUCAGCUCGCGAGUCUCCUGCUCGCGAACAAGGACAACAAGCUGGUAAUUCACGAGGUGGCGGUUCCGGCAACUACGACAACAGACGCCAAAAUGGCACCAACCCAAAUCAGAACCAGAGACAACCUCAAAGCCAGCGUCAAGGCCAAGGUUUCUCACGAGGAGGCAGAUAUGAACAAGGCGGUAAUCGACGAGGCGGCGGCAACCAAGGCCAACGUCAAAACGGCUAUGAGGGGCAGAGAGGCGGUCGUGGGCAACCCACACCGGCUCAAUAG